UGGGAAGAAAACGAGAGAGAGAGAGAGAGAGGACGAAGACGAAGACAGAGAAGACUACCUCGUCGCCGGAGUUGUUUGUUUUCCAGUUUGGAUGCCUGAUGGAGAGAGAGAGAGAGAGGCGGAGAAAUCAGUGGGUGGUUGUGGUGGGUUUUAGAUCUGGAAUUUUAAUCCCAUACAAUUCUCAUCUUUCUUUUUCUGAUCAGGGAGGGCUUUGAUCCAAUGGGUGGGAUGCCACCCUUUUAUACGUAGUUUUCUUUUUCUUCUCUCUAUUUUAAUUUUUUUUUUCUAAUAAAAUUGAACUUUUUUUUUUACAGUAUUUUAGAAUCUUCUCACAAAUUAAAAAAAUAAUGGUUAAUGGUAUGAAAUGAGUCAUAUGAAAAAAAAAUCCAAGAAAAAAAAAGUUUAAACAUAUAAGGUUUAAACUUUUUAAAGAUUUAAUGAAUUUACUUUAUUUCACAAUUAAUGAUAAAUAUGUAUUUGGUCUAAUUAUAACGAAAUUAAUCUAAUUUGUCCAUUAAAAAUAAUAAAUUAAGAGUAAUUAAGUCAUUUGAUAUCUUAUCCCAGUAUUUUCACCCUCCAAAUCAUUCUUUUCAAAAAAAUCAUGUAAACAUCUCGUUACAAAUUCACAAUUUUUAAAAAAUAAAGUCACAUUUUUUAAUAUAUCACUUCAUCAUUACAUAUCCAUCUCCCUUCUAUAUCUACCGAAAAUAAAUCCUCCAUGGUAGAUUGGUAGAGCAUGCGAGAGUUGACUUGUUAAAAGGUUUGGCGCGAAUCGGAAACCUGGGGAAAAUAGGCGGAUAGGAUAGUCAUAUACAGUUCAAAGUAACAGCAGGAGAGGGAAGGGAGUAAGAAGAAGAAGAAAGAAGUAGGGGAAGAGAGAAUAGGAGAGCAGAAGAUGAAGAAUACUAUGUUCGGUGUUUUAUUUUUCUCUCUCCUGAUCCUCUCCGCUCCAUCAUCAUCAUCAUCAGCAUCGGAGGGUGUAUGCAUAAUCGGGAGCGGCAUCGGCGGAUCCUCCGUUGCUCAUUUCCUCCGCAAAUACUCCGAUUCCGAACUAAUAAGGAUCCGAAUAUUUGAACGCCAGGGCGUGGUCGGCGGUAGGAUGGCAACUGUCUCCGUCUCCGGCGAGACCUUCGAAGCCGGCGCCUCUAUUCUCCACCCCAAGAACUACCAUGCCCUCAACUUCGCCAAAUCAUUCAACCUCACCAUUCAGACCCCCUCUUUGGACUCUGAAUCCUCGUUCGGCAUUUGGGACGGCCAUAACUUCCUCUUCAAAACUUUCGAUUUAGAUUUCAAAUUUCCCUUUUUUCAGAAGAUCCUUUCUCUCGCCAAUUCAUUCCUCAUGUUCUUUCGUUACGGCUUCUCUCUCUUCAGAAUGACUAACUUUGUCGAGACUACUGUGGAUAACUUCUUGAAGUAUUAUGAAAGCUUUGAAUCGAGGCCUGUCUUUGAGACUGUGGAUGAGAUGCUUACAUGGGCGGGUUUGUAUAAUCUCACCUCUCGGACAUUGGAAGAGGAAUUGUUAGAUGCUGGAUUGUCUCCUCUGCUGAUACAGGAGCUUGUAACCGUAAUCACAAGAGUCAAUUAUGGUCAAAGUGUCAGCAUCAGUGGACUUGCUGGUGCAGUUUCCUUGGCAGGCGCUGGGGACGGAUUGUGGUCAAUUGAAGGCGGGAACUGGCAAAUUGUUGCUGGAUUAAUAAACAGUUCCCAUGUCGAAUUGCACCUCCGGGAAGAAAUAGAAUCAAUUUCUUACCUUGGAGAUCACUAUGAACUCAACUCCACCAACGGAAAUAGUUACCCAUGUGAGGUCACAGUCAUCGCUACACCCCUGGAUGAGCAAAAUAUUAGUUUCACGCCCUCGAUUUCAAUACCAAAUAGGAGCUUACAUCACACCCAUGCAACUUUCGUUAGAGGCUUCUUGAAUCCAGCAUAUUUUGGUGUGAGCACCGGAUCAGAAAUUCCAACACUAGUGGGCACCAUAGAGAGUCAUGACCUUCCAUUCUCAAGCAUAUCUGUCCUCAAGCAACAUAGUGAGAAAGAUGCAACUUACAAGAUAUUUUCUCGUAAACCAAUGGCUGAUGCGUUACUGGAUCGCAUAUUUAGCAUACGGAUAGAGACACUCAGAAUAAACUGGGGAGCCUACCCUCGUUAUAAUGCUCCUGAGAGGUUUGCACCAUUCGUGUUAGACGGUCAGCAUUUGUACUAUGUGAAUGCUUUUGAGAAUGCAGCCAGUACCAUGGAAACAAGUGCCGUUGCAGCAGAGAAUAUUGCAAGACUCAUCCUAUCACGAUCCUAUGGUAAAACGAAAUCAAGUUCAUCAAACUUGAAGAGCUCUACCUCUAAUACCUACGAUCUACAUUCUGAUUUGUAAGUUAAAUUGGUCGUCAUGAAACUUGGAUGCAUUUGAAUAAUAUUGAAAAUCUGGCACUUGAUGUAAUUGUGGUGUGGUAAUGUUGCGAAAAAGUGGAAGUUGUAGGGAACUGAUGGUUUUUCAAUUUGUGUGAAUGAGAGCUGAUAAACUAUGCUA